CGACGACUAGCUUGUACGUCGACGAGUAGUUCAUCCUGUUGUUGUCGUUGUUCGUCGCCCACGACAUGCUCCCUCGUUACGGCGUUCCUGGCACUCGAGAUCAGGAGAAGAAAGCCCCGGCCGAUGUAUACUCCGAAUCGUACACACAGGAGUGACGUAACGGCGCGUUGUUGUUAUCGUCGUGUCGCUCUGCAGGUGAUCAAAGGAGAAAAACGAAUCGACGACUGGAGCAGAGCAGUCAACAGGCUGGCUCCGCGUGCAGCAGCUUUGACGCCAUCCACGGACACAAGACGCGCGAUUCGACUGCGAGAGCAGUGCGUAUAUGUGUGCGUGUGUAUAUAUGUAUACGACACAGCUUGAGCAGCAGCAGCAGAGGCAGAGGCACUUGUGGGUGCGGCGGAGCCGUGAAUUACACGACUGCUCGCGCCGUUUCCGCGGUUAAAAAAAGAAUAUAUGGACCGCCGCCGCCGCGCGCUAGACUGCUGCAGCUCAUCCGCCAGCAGAACGUAAACUGACGGGCUUGUGUGUACGUAAGAUACGUACGUUCGCACUUACACCUAUAUACACGCCAGCACCGUCUGCGCUGUGUUUGUUCGCUCUUUUCUCAAGGGGCUUCCCCCCUCUCUCGAGGAGAAGAGAGUAAUGAGAGGCGCAUCGACAUAUAAGUACUGGCGCGCGCACACGCCGCGAGAGACGCCGAGGUGUUCAAUGAAUCGUGGCCGGUUGCGUAUGGCUAUGUGUAUGUGCGCGCGUGCGAACGCUUUUACACCCACACUAUGGAGAAAGUUUUUUCACGCGCGGGCGGAAUCGAUCGAUAUCUGCGUGGCGCGGCGGUUUAGUUUACGCAUACGGGAAGAAUCGAAUCGGAGACAGGUUCGAUGGAUCGACGUUCGAGAAUCGGUAGAGGUUCGAUAACGAUAAUUAUUUCUGCAACAACAUUUGAGUUUGAGUAGCUGAAUGACCCGAUGAUCGAUCGAAACAGUAUAACAUUUUACUGCUGUACAUGCUUCUUUGCAAACUUUUUCUUGUGAUAAAAAUUGUUUUUAUUUUUUACGAAAAACCUGAUCCAACCUUGGAAUUUGAAUAUUCGCGCGCAAAGACGCGCGCAUUCGAGUUUCCGUGCGAUUGUUCGAGAUAUAUCGAAAAGGUUCAAUAAAGCCCCCGGUCGCCACAGUCCACACCGUUAUCCAAGCCGGAUUUUGGCGCUUGUUUGUACGCCGUCAGCGUAAAAGUUAUUAAUUUUUCGUUGAGUUAAAAACCAGAUUAUUCGUCAAAAUGUCGUACAAGGGACCGCCGAAGGUGCAGAAGGUGAUGGUGCAACCCAUCAACCUUAUCUUCCGUUACCUCCAGAAUCGUUCGCGUGUUUCUGUUUGGCUCUUCGAGAACAUCAACCUCCGGAUAGAAGGGCACAUUGUCGGCUUCGACGAGUACAUGAACCUUGUGCUCGACGACGCGGAGGAGUACCACGUCAAGUCCAAGACCAGGAAACCUCUUGGACGUAUAAUGCUCAAGGGAGACAACAUAACUCUCAUACAGAACACGAACCCCGGCGCGAACUAAGAAUCAAUCUUUUUCUACUUCACUUGUACAAUCUUAAUAAUUAAGAGGCCAAUGUCAAGAUAGUUGUAAGAUUAUCUUUCGAGGAGAUUCACAUGGAUUUUCACUGCUAUUUAUUUCUACGAAGGUUGCCGUUAAGUAAGAAAGAGUAAACAUGAAGUUAGGUUAUGUUCCACGACCAAGAGUGUAAAUGUGUGUGAAGCAAAAAUAUUGUAAUUUAAAACGCUAGGAUUAUUGAAGAUAGAUUCCGAAGUAUAAUAAGAAAUUGUAUGAAGAGAACGGAAUUAUAAUAAUGAAACUACAUUUAUAACAAACA